GUGCAGCUGUUUUUAGUUUCAACACAUAACACCCACAGUCACCGAACAUGGGAGAAUUGACAUAUUUACUGGUGGAAGAGAUUUUUUACCAUUUUCUAGCAGUCAUCGGUCUGAUCGCUAAUCUGAUGACCAUACUUAUACUGUCUCGAGGGAGCUGCGGUCUCUGCAGUUGUACAGGUCGGUAUUUGAUGUCCAUGGCAGUGGCAGAUUUUCUGGUGAUCAUCCUCUGUGUCAUUAUGAACUACUUGGGAUCUCUCCACUUCCCCAUCUCAUUCCUCCACCAUUACAAUGUUUGCAGUCUUAACAGUAUAGUAAAUGCUGCAGUGGUGGAUAGCUCAGUCUGGCUUACUGUCGCCUUCACCAUUGAUCGCUUCAUCGCCAUCUGUUGCCCAAAGUGGAAAGUGAGAUAUUGCACCGAGAAAACAGCAGCCUGGGUAAUACUGACAAUUUGCACAGUGAGCUUCUUGAGAAACAUCCCACGCUACUUCACCUAUGAACCUGAUUACCUGCGUGGUCCAUUUCCAUUCUGCCGGCUUCGUAAGUUGUGUACCAAUGUCCCUUGGGCAAUAUAUUUGUGUCUGUGCACAGUCUUAACGCCACUUAUUCCUUAUGUGUCCAUAUUGUUUCUCAAUGCACUGACCGUCAGACACAUUCUUGUAGCCAGUCGAAUCCGGAAGACAUUGCGGAGUCAAAGCAACGAUGGGAAACAAUCUGACCCAGAGAUGGAGAACCGUAGAAGGUCCAUCAUUCUGCUCUUUGCCAUAUCGGGCAAUUUCAUCAUUCUGUGGAUGACAAAGGUUGUUGUCUUUGUGCUUGAAGAGAUGUUGCUGGAACUGAACUUCAUGAAUGCAAUGAUUCAUGUUGGGGACAUGUUAAUGUAUCUGAAUUCCUGCACUAACACCUGUAUUUAUGCUCUCACCCAGGCUAAGUUCAGAGAUGAGAUUAAGCGAGUUGUGUCAUAUCCAAUUAAUCUUUUGCUGAAGAUUAUAAAAUAG